GUUCCUCAAAUGGGAUUUUAAUCUUGUGUUCUUUUUCUGCCCUUGUCCAAACUUUGAUGAGUUACCAGUGCUCAUCUCAUCUACAAAGUGACAAGACUUUAAACAAGGCAUAUGACAGCAGCGGCAGCUGGCACAUAAGAAUAAAGACAGCACUGACAAGACUUUAAAACGGUUAAUCAAAUCAACUGGUUAACAAAAUCCAACGUUUGGAAGAAUCCCUUUUGUCUAACCUGUCGAUCAAACCUACCAGUUUUCUUUCCUUUUCAGAUUCCAAGGACCAACCAAUCAAGGCUUCUACAGAUAUCUUUUUGGAUAAUCUACAUUCUCUGCCAGUAGUUUAUACUUUAUAGGUCAGUGUUCCAAAACUAGUUCUUGUUCUGUUUGCAUUUGUGCUGGUAUAAUUCUACACACUGCUGAAGAAACUGAGGUGAGAGGUAGUGAGCCAUUUACAAAUGGGAAUGUUGAGUGAAGGCCUCACACAGGUAUUGAUACCUGCUGCUGCUCUGGUUGGGAUCGCUUUUGCUUUGCUUCAGUGGUAUUUAGUGUCAAAGGUGAAGGUUUCUGGUGAUUCUAGUAAUGGUUAUAGUGGUAAGUUAAUUGAAGAGGAAGAAGAUGGUAUUGAUAGUCUUGAGGUUUCUAUCAAGUGUGCUGAAAUCCAGAAUGCCAUUUCUGUUGGGGCAACCUCGUUCCUGUUUACUCAGUACAAGUACCUCAGUGUCUUCAUGGUAGUUUUUGCUGCCAUCAUAUUCUUCUUCCUUGGUUCAGUUAAGGGAUUCAGCACCAAAAGUGAACCUUGCACGUACAGCCAAGGGAAACUUUGUAAACCAGCUCUUGCCAACGCUGCCUUUAGCACACUUGCUUUCUUGCUUGGUGCUCUUACUUCUGUCCUCUCAGGCUUCUUAGGCAUGAAGAUCGCAACCUAUGCCAACGCCAGGACAACUCUAGAAGCAAGGAAGGGUGUAGGAAAGGCCUUUAUUACAGCUUUUCGCUCAGGGGCAGUGAUGGGUUUUCUUCUUGCUGCAAAUGGCCUUUUGGUGCUCUAUAUCUCCAUCAUCUUAUUCAAAAUCUACUAUGGAGAUGACUGGGAAGGACUUUAUGAGUCCAUUACUGGUUAUGGCCUUGGAGGUUCAUCAAUGGCACUCUUUGGAAGAGUUGGAGGAGGUAUAUAUACAAAAGCAGCUGAUGUUGGGGCUGACCUUGUCGGAAAAGUUGAACGGAAUAUCCCUGAAGACGAUCCAAGAAAUCCAGCUGUUAUUGCUGAUAAUGUGGGUGACAAUGUAGGAGACAUUGCUGGGAUGGGGUCUGACCUAUUUGGAUCUUAUGCUGAAGCCUCCUGUGCAGCACUUUUUGUUGCUUCAAUAUCAUCCUUUGGUAUUAGCCAUGACUACACAGCCAUGUCCUACCCGCUGAUUAUAAGCUCAGUUGGAAUUGUGGUUUGCCUGAUAACUACACUUUUUGCAACUGAUCUCUCUGAGAUCAGGGAUGUAAGUCAAAUUGAGCCAUCAUUGAAAAGGCAACUCGUUGUCUCAACGAUUCUGAUGACUGUUGGGAUUGCCAUGGUCAGCUUUUUCGCUUUGCCAUCAGAAUUCACUCUCUUCAAUUUCGGAACCGAGAAGGCUGUCAAGAACUGGCACCUUUUCUUCUGUGUCACCAUUGGCUUGUGGGCUGGACUUGUGAUUGGAUAUACAACAGAGUAUUACACUAGCAAUGCCUACAGUCCCGUGCAGGAUGUAGCAGAUUCUUGCAGGACAGGUGCUGCGACGAAUGUGAUUUUCGGGUUGGCUUUGGGAUACAAAUCUGUCAUCGUUCCAAUAUUUGCCAUUGCCAUUGCUAUCUAUGUUAGCUUUAGCCUGGCCGCCAUGUAUGGAAUUGCUGUGGCUGCUUUGGGAAUGCUCAGUACUAUUGCCACUGGUCUUGCAAUUGAUGCUUAUGGGCCCAUAAGUGAUAAUGCUGGUGGUAUUGCAGAAAUGGCUGGCAUGAGUCAUAAGAUUCGUGAAAGAACGGAUGCUCUAGAUGCUGCUGGCAACACCACUGCUGCAAUCGGCAAGGGUUUUGCUAUUGGAUCAGCUGCUCUUGUUUCCCUUGCUUUGUUUGGUGCCUUUGUCAGCAGGGCUGGCAUCAAUACUGUCGACGUUUUAACCCCCAAGGUCUUCAUUGGGUUGAUCGUUGGGGCUAUGCUUCCAUACUGGUUCUCUGCCAUGACAAUGAAGAGUGUGGGAAGUGCAGCACUCAAAAUGGUCGAAGAGGUUCGUCGACAGUUCAAUACUAUUCCAGGGCUUAUGGAAGGUAGAGUCAAACCAGACUACGCAAACUGUGUCAAGAUUUCAACUGAUGCCUCUCUCAGGGAGAUGAUCCCACCUGGUGCUUUGGUUAUGCUUACACCACUUAUCACCGGAACCUUAUUCGGAGUUGAAACUCUUGCUGGUGUUCUUGCUGGUUCACUUGUUUCUGGUGUUCAGGUGUGUUCUCAUUGUUCAUCUCCCCUAACAGAGCUAUGUUACUAUAGAACCAUAGAAAACUUUCUGUUCUCCUCUUAUCAGGUUGCCAUUUCGGCCUCUAACACCGGAGGGGCAUGGGAUAAUGCCAAGAAAUACAUAGAGGCUGGUGCAUCGGAGCAUGCAAAAUCGUUGGGUCCAAAGGGUUCAGAUGCACACAAAGCUGCUGUCAUUGGCGACACAAUUGGAGAUCCCCUCAAGGACACUUCAGGCCCAUCACUUAACAUCCUGAUAAAGCUGAUGGCAGUUGAGUCACUAGUUUUUGCUCCAUUCUUCGCCGCUCAUGGAGGUUUGCUCUUCAAAUUUCUCUAAUCGAGACCAUCAAGCUGUCAGGAUUAUUCAGGUACAUACGUUGAUCGCUGGUGAAGCAGCAUCAUCACCUAAUUGAGCUCUCCUUGUCUGGUGAUGGAGCAAAAAUACAUAUAUGGCUUUGAUACCGCAAUUGAGAGAACUUCACAAUAAUUGAACAAGUUUCUAGUGUACAUUAAUUUCUUGUUUCAUGUGUAGAAUUCUGGUGAUAUUGUCUUCACCCUAUCAACAAUGUGCACAUGAAGAGUCAAGCAUGACUACUUCUUCUUAAAUAAUUUUAUGUCUACUUGAAAUAAUAAAAAAAUAAUUUUUAUUUUAA